UUCACUGCUUCUCAUCCUGAUGUGGAAGUGACCCGAGAGUUCCCGGGCAGUCAGGACAUGGAGCAUGCGCUCGUUCCCAGGGCUCCGUCCGCACAAGGGGAGUGGAGGAUGUGGUAAGACAAUUGUUCAGCCUCCAGCUUAAUUGACAACUGACCUCGAACGCUGCCAAGGACCAAGUCUGCGUUGGUUAAUACUCAACUCGGGGCUGCUGCUUUCUGUGCCUGAAGGGGGAUCUGGGGGGGGGGGGGGGGGGGGGAAAUGGCACUUUAGAUUUUGAAAGCAGCCGGACACACGCGAACAUGGGCAGCGGUCCGAGCCGGGGGAAGAAGGUCGCUCCUGCGCGUGCCAGCGAGGGGACCGUGGCCGGAGCUGCAGCCGGCGUCACUUCAGCCGAACGGGACAGCCGUCCGCUCCGGCCCCCGCAGGGCCGCGCGCAGCCGGACCGCCACAGCGAGGGGCCCGACUCCGACCUCUCCGGGGAGGACGACGACGACGCCGACGGCGGCGGCGGCGGCGUCGUCGGCGGGCCGGACGCGGUUCUGGCCGGCGGGCUUUCCGCGGAGAGGCCGCCUGCCAAGAAGAGUUUCGUGAAAUCCAAAACGUACGGCCUGUGCCACCUCGGCCGCGCGGACGCCGAGGACGAGGGGAGCAGAGCCGAGGAGCCACGUGGCCCCCGCGGCGCGUCAGAGGAUGUCAACAAGAGGCGCAACGACGCGUUCACGCGCCCACAAAAACGCACGUGCUCCAGUCAGCGCAGUAGCUUGGUGACAAGAGGGGCUCCGCUGGACGCUGUCCCCGCGUCAGAAAAACAAUCGACAUUUGGCAGCUGCCAUAGAUCCUCUCUCACGACACCAGUCAUCCUGUACGACGGAUCAGAAGAGGAGCUGAUGGACACUAUUGAGAGAGAGUUCAGUUGACCCCCCCCCCCCCCCCCCCCCCCCCCCCCCCAGCUGAGCUACUGUCCCAUUGAUCCGUCUUCAUGGGACACAUCAGAUUAAGGGGAACCAGGAUUAUUUCUGACAAAUUCCCUGCUACAUCGGGGGAAGGCAUAUUCCAUGCAGGGUACAUUCAACAUCGUUUGUGUUGAACUUACACCGCUGCAGCCCCACUACGCCUUUGAAUGCACCUAUCUUACUUAACAACAAGUGACAGUUUCAUUCUGGAGUUAAUACACCAGCCUGAACAGAUGCCAGCAGGUUUCUCUCAGACACCAGAGCGGUGGACUGAAAGAGGCCAGCUUGGUUUGUUGUCUGUCUGCUGUGCUAAGACGUCACCGACACCCUCUCCAUCCUGCUGGCCUCCCACAGAGCGCGCACCUUACUUGUUACCCAUUACUUAACUCUACUUCAACUUGUCUGUUAAUAGGUGAAGGAGUGAACACAGGCAGCACUCUGACUGCUGGAACUCCAGCAGUUCUGCGAAUUUGAGCACAUUCCUAUGACUGUACUAAAUGCAAAGAUAACAUUUUCCACCAGCAGUUUUGUACGCAUAGUAAUAUGGCUCAUGAAUGGCAACCCUGCAAAGGUAUGAGCUGUGACUGUUUAUUUAAAGUUUCCUUCCUGACCACAGUUCCUGAAUUUCUCCGCCCUAAAGAAGAAAUGUGUGGCAGCAGAGAGACUUUCAGUGCAGGCUCAGUUUGAACCAGCUGCAUUUCUGCUGAUGACACAUCAGCCACAUUCAAGCAACGAAGGCCUGCUGACACCUAGUGGUGGAACAGGGUAGUUUCGUUCAUGGAGCUUUUUUUUGGUUUAUUUUAAUUAUACAUAUCAGAACACUUAGUUAAAGGAAAUGUGCAUUUCAACCAGAAUAAUUUUGUAAAAAAAUAUAUAUAUUUCAAAUAAACAUGGACUAUGCUGUAUUUUA